AUGGUUACCAUCAGUGAAGUAAAAGACGUUCAAAACGGUUCUGGUUCUGGUUCUAAUCGUACUGCAGCCCAUACUCAUAUCAAAGGGUUAGGUUUAGAUGAUGCUGGUGUUGCUAGAAGUGUAGAAGGUGGGUUUGUAGGCCAGGUAGAGGCUCGUGAAGCUUGUGGUGUUAUUGUAGAUUUGAUUAAAGCCAAGAAAAUGUCAGGUAGAGCUAUCUUAUUAGCUGGUGGUCCUUCUACCGGUAAGACUGCUUUGGCUUUAGCAAUUUCUCAGGAAUUGGGUCCAAAGGUUCCAUUCUGUCCAUUAGUAGGUAGUGAAUUGUAUUCGGUUGAAGUUAAGAAAACUGAAACUCUAAUGGAAAAUUUUAGAAGAGCUAUCGGUUUGAGAAUUAAGGAAACUAAAGAAGUUUAUGAAGGUGAAGUAACAGAGUUGACUCCGGAAGAUGCAGAAAACCCAUUAGGAGGUUAUGGUAAGACUAUCUCUCAUGUUGUUGUUGGUUUGAAGUCUGCUAAAGGUACAAAGACUUUAAGAUUAGAUCCUACUAUUUACGAAAGUAUUCAACGUGAGAAAGUUAGUGUCGGUGAUGUCAUUUAUAUCGAAGCUAAUACCGGUGCUGUCAAGAGAGUAGGGAGAUCAGAUGCAUAUGCUACUGAAUUUGAUUUGGAAACCGAAGAAUACGUUCCUUUACCAAAGGGUGAAGUUCAUAAGAAGAAAGAUAUAGUCCAAGAUGUUACUUUACAUGAUUUGGAUAUUGCUAAUGCAAGACCACAAGGUGGCCAAGAUGUUAUCUCCAUGAUGGGUCAAUUGAUGAAACCAAAAAAGACAGAAAUAACUGAAAAGUUAAGACAAGAAGUUAAUAAAGUCGUUGCUAAAUAUAUCGAUCAAGGUGUAGCAGAAUUAGUUCCAGGUGUUUUAUUCAUUGAUGAAGUCAACAUGCUAGAUAUCGAAAUUUUCACUUACUUAAACAAAGCUUUGGAAUCAGAAAUCGCCCCAAUUGUUGUAUUGGCAUCUAACAGAGGUAUGACUACCGUUCGUGGUACUGAUGAUAUUGUUUCUCCACACGGUAUUCCACCAGAUUUGAUUGAUAGAUUAUUGAUUGUCCGCACAUUGCCUUAUAAUAAAGAUGAGAUACGCACCAUUAUUGAAAGAAGAGCAACUGUAGAAAACUUAAAGCUUGAAGGUUCAGCAUUACAAUUAUUAGCAGAUUUAGGUGUAGACACAUCCUUACGUUAUGUAUUACAAUUAUUAGCUCCUUCUGGUAUACUUGCACAAACAGCAAACCGUGACGAAAUAAUUGUUAGUGAUGUUGAAGAAGCUAAAAUGCUAUUCUUAGAUGCUAAGAGAUCUACAAAAAUUUUAGAAACAUCAGCAAACUACUUAAGCUAA